AUGGCACCAAUCCAGGAUCCACCAAAGGAGAAAGUAAGAAAGACAUCAGAGUCUACACAACCAACCAAGGAUGCACAAACAAAAAAAAUCAAAGAAAGCGAGGAAGAGCUUUCUGAGGAAGAUCAACAAUUGAAAGAUGAGUUGGAAUCAUUGGUGGAGAAGCUUACAGAGUCUACAAGCCAAGAUGAGAAGAUAUAUAGUGGUAUUCUCGAUUCCUUGAAAAAGCACAUUCAAGAGUCAACAACUUCAAUGACAGCUGUGCCCAAACCAUUAAAGUUUUUAAGACCUCACUAUCCAGCAUUGACAAAGCUCUAUGACGAUUGGUCUGAGAAAUUACUGCAUGAUAAUGCAAUUGUGACAAAAUUGGCAGACAUUUUGUCCAUUUUGGCAAUGACAUAUUCAAAUGAAGGACAAAGAGAAUCACUAAAGUAUCGAUUGUUGUCCAACGACGAUACACUUGCAGACUGGGGUCACGAAUACAUGCGUCACUUGGCAUUGGAGAUUGGAGAAUCUUAUCAAGAGAACUUGGGCUUAGACGAGGUAUUAAUUGCAAAAUUGGUCAAGUUGGCAUUAAAAAUUGUUCCAUUUUUCUUGAAACACAACGCAGAGACUGAUGCUGUUGAUCUUCUUUUGGAGAUUGAGUCAAUUGAAAAGUUGGCUCAAUUUGUUGACGACAACACUUAUGCGAGAGCAUGUCUUUACGUCACAAGUGUGGUUCCUUACUUGGCGCCACCAGAUGACUUGGCAUUUUUAAAUACUGCAUUCAGUAUUUAUUUGGCCCAUGGCGAACUAACUCAAGCUUUAACGAUUGCCAUCAGGUUGGAUGACCAUCAAUUGAUCAAGCAAGUUUUUGAUUCUUCGAAAGACAAGUCAGUACACGAGCAGUUGGGAUUUAUCUUAUCGCAGCAGAAUAGCAGUUUCAAACUUCCUGAUGAAGACCAAGAGGUCCAAGACACAAUCAGUAAUGUUAAAUUAGCCGAUUAUUUCCAAUACUUGACAAAGGAACUCAAUCUUCUUGAUCCAAAAGUUCCAGAGGAUAUUUACAAAUCGCAUUUGGAAAACUCCAAGUUUGGUUUAGGUACUUCAGGUUCCAUUGAUUCCGCCAAGCAGAACUUGGCCGCUGCAUUUGUUAACGCUUUUGUCAAUCAAGGGUUUGGAAAAGAUAAAUUGGUUCAGACGGAUGAAGAUAACAAAUCCUGGAUUUAUAGGACAAAAGGUAAAGGUAUGGUUUCCACUACUGCAUCUCUUGGUGCUCUUAACCAAUGGAAUGUCAAUGAAGGUUUGCAAGUAUUGGAUAAAUUUACGUACUCUGAGGAUCAAGAGGUGAAAGCAGGUGCUUUGCUUGGUACAGGUAUUGUAUCCGCCAAUGUCCACGACGAUGUUGAUGCGGCUCUUGCAUUGUUGCAAGAAUAUGUCAAUGACCCUAAUAAGCUUUACCAAACUUCUGCUAUAAAUGGUCUCGGAAUUGCUUAUGCAGGAUCUGCAAAUGAAGAAGUCUUGGAUUUGCUACUUCCAUUGGUGUCCGAUUUGGAUACAUCUUUGGAAGUAUCGUGUCUUGCUGCAUUAGCUUUGGGCCAUACAUUUGUUGGCACUUGUCAUGGUGACAUUACAUCAACUAUCUUACAAACCUUGCUUGAAAGAGAUUUCACACAAUUAACAAACAAAUUUAUUAAAUUUAUGGCAUUGGGGUUGGGUCUCUUGUACAUGGGCAAGACUGAGCAAGUGGAAGAUGUAUUGGAAACCAUUGAUGCUAUUGAACAUCCAAUCAGCAAGACAUUGAAGGUUUUGGUAAACAUUUGUGCAUAUGCAGGUACUGGAAACGUGUUGCAAAUCCAAGCUCUUUUGCAAAUGUGCACUACCAAGCCAAAGAGUCAAUUAGAUGAAGAAACGAAAUUAUCUCAAUCCGAAGAAGACCAACAAAAACAAGAUGGUGAUGUUGAAAUGGAAGACGCCGAAGUUGUUGAAGGUGCUAACAGUACUGAAAGUGCCGAAAGUGCUCAAGGCUCCAAAAAUAGAGCAACCAAUGGCAAUAGUAAUUCUGGUAAUGCGGAAGGUGUGCAACUGGGCGAUGCCAAAUCUGAAAUCAAAAAAGAAGAGCACAAGAGUGAAGAAGGCAAUGAUGGUGCCGACGAUGAUGAUGAUGAUGAUGAAGCCGAAAUUGAUGAAGACGAUGAACUUUACCAAGGCAUAGCCGUGCUCGGUUUGGCUUGUAUUGCUAUGGGUGAAGAUAUUGGGCAGGAUAUGUCAUUACGUCAUUUUGGACACUUGAUGCACUACGGAAACUCUUUGAUCCGUAGAGCAGUACCGUUGGCUAUGGGUUUGGUAUCUGUUGCUAACCCGCAAAUGAAAGUGUUUGAGACGUUGUCUCGUUACUCGCAUGAUCCUGAUUUGGAAGUAGCUCAAAACGCAAUUUACUCCAUGGGUUUGGUUGGUACUGGUACCAACAAUGCUAGAUUGGCGCAAUUGUUGAGGCAAUUGGCAUCGUACUAUAUCAAAUCUCCAGAUUCCUUGUUUAUGGUGCGAAUUGCACAAGGUUUGUUGCAUUUGGGUAAAGGAACCUUGACCUUGUCGCCUUAUAAUUUGGAGCGUACGGUAUUGUCUAAGACCUCCUUGGCCUCUUUGUUGACUGUUUCAGUUGCAUUACUCGAUCCAAAAGCGUUUAUACUCAAUGAUACAACAACUGAAACCUCACAUGAGUUAUUGUACUACCUUACACCAGCGGUAAAGCCUAGAAUGUUGGUGACUGUGGAUGAGAAGUUGGAACCAUUGAGAGUUAAUGUCAGAGUUGGUCAGGCAGUUGACGUUGUUGGUCAGGCAGGUAAGCCAAAGACCAUCACUGGAUGGGUCACUCAAGCAACACCAGUUUUGUUGAAUCAUGGUGAGCGAGCGGAACUAGAAAACAGUGAAGAGUGGAUAAGUCUAAGCAAUGCUCUUGAAGGUAUUGUGAUUUUGAAAAAGAAUCCAGAGUUUAUGGAAGUAGAUUCAUAA